AAUAUAGUAAUAGUACGUGCCAAAGAAGAAGGAGCAGCGUCCACUUGUAUGCAAUGGAAACUAUUUAAAGCAACGGAGAGAGUAGGAAACAUCGUGCCAGGCCAUAAGCUAAGCUGCAGCCUCAAACACAGUAAGAAGAGAGAUGGCGUUGUUGGUGGAGAAAACGUCCAGUGGAAGGGAGUACAAGGUGAAGGACAUGUCGCAGGCUGACUUCGGCCGCAUGGAGCUCCAACUCGCAGAGGUCGAAAUGCCGGGCCUCAUGGCCUGCCGGACAGAGUACGGCCCAUCGCAGCCCUUCAAGGGCGCCAGGAUCACCGGCUCCCUCCACAUGACCAUCCAAACCGCCGUCCUCAUCGAGACGCUCACAGCGCUCGGCGCCGAGGUCCGCUGGUGCUCCUGCAACAUCUUCUCCACGCAGGACCACGCCGCCGCCGCCACCGCCCGCGACAGCGCCGCCGUCUUCGCCUGGAAGGGCGAGACGCUGCAGGAGUACUGGUGGGGCCCCGAGCGCGCCCUCGACUGGGGCCCCGGCGGCGGCCCCGACCUUAUCGUGGACGACGGCGGCGACACCACGCUGCUGAUCCACGAGGGCGUGAAGGCGGAGCAGGAGUUCGAGAAGAGCGGGAAACUCCCGGAUCCGGCUUCCUCGGACAAUGCGGAGUUCCAGAUCGUGCUGACGCUGAUCAAGGACGGGUUGAAGAGCGAUCCGAAGAGGUACCACAAGAUGAAGGAGAGACUGGUGGGAGUUUCGGAAGAAACCACCACCGGCGUGAAGAGGCUCUACCAGAUGCAGGCCAAUGGCUCCCUCUUGUUCCCCGCCAUCAAUGUCAAUGACUCCGUCACCAAGAGCAAGUUUGAUAACCUGUAUGGAUGCCGUCACUCGCUUCCCGAUGGAUUGAUGAGAGCCACCGACGUGAUGAUUGCCGGAAAGGUUGCCGUUGUGUGCGGCUAUGGAGAUGUUGGCAAGGGUUGUGCUGCCGCCAUGAAGCAGGCUGGGGCUCGUGUCAUUGUCACUGAGAUCGAUCCCAUUUGUGCCCUUCAGGCUCUCAUGGAAGGUCUUCAGGUUCUCACCCUCGAGGAAACUCUCUCCGUCGCCGACAUCUUCGUCACCACCACCGGUAACAAGGACAUCAUCAUGCUCAACCACAUGAAGCAAAUGAAGAACAACGCCAUUGUCUGCAACAUUGGCCACUUCGACAACGAAAUCGACAUGCUGGGCCUGGAGACCCACCCUGGUGUGAAGCGCAUCACUAUCAAGCCUCAAACCGAUCGAUGGGUCUUCCCUGAGACCAAAACAGGGAUCAUUGUGCUGGCGGAGGGGCGUUUGAUGAACUUGGGGUGUGCCACAGGCCACCCCAGCUUUGUCAUGUCCUGCUCCUUCACCAACCAGGUCAUUGCUCAGCUUGAACUGUGGAAGGAGAAGGGUUCUGGCAAGUAUGAGAACAAGGUCUAUGUUUUGCCCAAACACCUUGAUGAGAAAGUCGCUUCUCUCCACCUUGGCAAGCUUGGAGCUAACCUCACCAAGCUUACCAAAGAGCAGGCAGAUUACAUCAGUGUGCCUGUCGAGGGUCCAUACAAGCCUGCUCAUUACAGAUAUUAAUUCAUCCCAUCACAUUCCCCGAGAAUAAAGAAAAUAUAUUCUAUCGCUAUCACUAUCACUUCCCCUCAUUCUUACACUUUUCUUCUCUUACUUUUUCCAUAUUUCUGCUAGAAUAGGACCUUCUUUUUAUUCUUUUCAUAGGAUCACAAUUCCAUUAGGUUAAGAGCAAAAUUACCCAUGGCUCUCUCUAAUCUAUCAAAUGAGACCAGACCCAAUGGGUUCGAAUAAGGCUUUGGCUUUGGCUAUCUUCUGUGGGUUUUGAUUUAGCAGCUAUUAUAUUUUCCAUCUCUUUUUCUUUUCUUA